AUGCACGAGCGAAUCGUACCGAUCCUGGCGGUAGUCUCGCUCGUGGCUGCCAGUCCCGCCGACAGCCACUUCGUGUACAAAAUAGGUAUCGCAGUGCGAUCUUAUCAGCAGCGUCACCUUUCAGGGAGCAACUGGGAAGAGAAGGCGCAGUUUCUGGCCACCUACAUGGCGACUGCCUACAUGUACCGAAAGGACGUGGUCCGCUUUGGUAUUCACUGGAUCAACAGUUCAGCUGACAUAGACCUGUGCGAGCUUCGGAAGGACGGCGUGGUUGCCCUCCUCGUGUCGAACGAGUGCGCAGCGACGGCGGUUCUGGCCCGGAAAGCCCGGCAAGCUCAUUUGCCCUUCCUGGCCGUCCUCAACCGUGGCUGCAGCAGGCAGUGGGUGCUCCGCAAGGCGUACGGCAACGAAGCCCUAACGGAGGAUCAGCAGGAACCUUCGGAGGAGAUCGAAGAACCCACGGGAACAUUGCUGGUACCGUACUUCGAAGAGUUUGACACCCGCGUGGUGCUAGCCAAGAUGGAGGCCAUGGGUGUUAACCGGGCGCUCGUCGUCUACGACGACGUAUUCGCCACGUACGCCAUGGAGACGUUCAGGGAGCAGACGGAGGGGCUCAACCUGACGAUGGCGUUCGUGCCGCUCGAAGCGAACCGCACGCGCGUCAAGGAGGCUAUCAACCAGACGCUGCGGCGCAUGUCGAGGAGAAACACCUUCUACACCUCGUUCGUCAUGCUCGUGUUCGCCAACUUCACACUCGCCGAACAGCUAGAAGCUGAGCUCGUCACGCACAUCGGACUCAACCCGAACAUGCGGCUGCUGCUUUUCUACAACGGCUGGGACAAGAGUCUGGGACGCUGGUACUAUCAGCACGAGACGACGUGCACGUUCGAGAAGCAGAUAUACGUCAUCACACGAGCGUACAUCAACGAGACCAGGGGCAUCAUGAAGACAGCCAGCGCCCACUGGGGCUCUCACGACCACGUGGUUGCCUACCCUGCACUGAAGAAAGAGGAUUAA